AUGGCGAAUAACCCAAGAGUUUUCCUCGAUAUUGCCGUUAGCUCUAUAGCGGUUGGUCAGAUCGUGAUAGAACACUUCGCCUACACGAACCCUUUGACGGUGGAGAACUUCCGAGCUCUUUGUACCGGCGAGAAAGGCAUAGGGGAGUCUGAUAUACCACUCCACUAUAAAGGAUCUGUUGAGGAUUCUAUCGGAUCCAUCAUCCACGGCAUUGAUCCAGAUCACGUUUGGUUUGGCGGGUAUAUGACUCAGGGAAACGGUUUUGGAGGCGAAUGGAUCUACGGCGAUGAGUUCCCGGACGAGGAAUGCAUGAGGAAGCACGACCGGAUCCAGUUCCUCCCCCACACGAAGGAGGCCCCGGAUUACGACGAAGAACCGCCGCACUUUGCGUUCGGACAAGUUGUGAGUGGGUUUGAUGUGAUCAGGCUCGUUGAGCGGAUGGUCGGAAAUGAAUUUGUUCCCUUCUUUGCCAGUGUCAAUCGUUGUCUGCGGUCAGAUUCUUUUCCCGAGUAUGUGUGUGUCGACAAUGUUGCGAGCUGCGCAACUGAAGAUGGGGGAGACGGAGAUAGCAUAGGCAAAGCAAAAGAUUGCAUAUGA